CACUUUCGCUUCUAGCUGCCAGCUGCUGAGGAGUGGGCGCUGGAUUCCGCGGUUGUAGAAGAAAUCAAGCAGUCAAGGCUUUUUUUUUCCUCCUCCAACUGGAUUUACAUACACGUAACUUAUUCGGCUCUGAGCGCUUUCAACACGCGGGUGACCCACGCUCCACUCUGCACCUGAACGCGUCAAGCGCAGACACACAGACGGAGCACUCGCUGAGUCGCUGUUGCUGCUGCUCUGCUGAGUCGACGUGAGGAAGUGUGUGUUGAAUGCGGACAGAACCGAAAUAACAACACGACCUGAAGAGGUGUAAUCAUGGCCUCUGAAGUUGCCCCGAAAGUGAAUCUAGAAAUCGCAGAGGAACUGGCUCUGUCUCUUAGUGAAGCCCUCAGCACCGGGGAUGGACAGGAAGCCACAAGACUCUGUCAGAAAUUGUCAGAACUCUCCGUCCCAGUGUCUGUCAGCAUCAACAGUCAGGUCUAUCCUCAGGACUCCAUAAGGUUGAAGGUGGGAGUGGAGGAUGCUCAGUCAGAGGACUACGUCCCAGUGACUGUUGUGGUUUCUACUAGCAUGACAAUUGCACAACUUAAAGACAAGAUCAGCAAUGACUUUGGGUUCCACCCCACCCUGCAGCGUUGGGUGAUUGGGAAGCGGCUGGCGCAGGACAGGGAGACGUUGUACAGUCACGGUAUUCGUCAGAAUGGAGACCAGGCUUUCCUGUUUAUCCUCUCCGCCCAUGCUGCUCAUCUCACACGGCAACAACACAAGCAGGACCAGGAGCAACAACGCAUAGACAGCAUAAUGGAGUCGAUGCAAGCGAUGCAACUUUUUCCCAGAGGAGUGGGCGGAGGUGGCGGCGAGAAAGCAGCUCCUUUAGAGGGUCAGCAGACUCCUCCUCCUAUUCCUCCCAAAGUCCCAACUGUAACUAAACCUCUUCUGCCUCCCAAACCUCAGUUGGGCUGGACCUGUACUCUGUGUACAUUUGUGAACAAGCCAACGCGUCCUGGCUGUGAGAUGUGUGGGCAGGAACGGCCAGAGGAUUAUGAGGUCCCCAACAUUUACCAGCCAGACCAGGAGGAGGUUCUACGAAUUCAGCAGGAAGAGCUGGCCAUGAUGCAGUAUGAACAGGCUCAGCAGGAGGAACGAGAGAAGAACUACCUGCACCUUUUGGAAAUUGAAGAACAGAACCUUAUCCCCAACACCACAGACACGGACUGUCCCAUCUGCUUCUCUCCCCUGCAGCCAGAAGAGGGCAUCGUGCUCAGAGAGUGUCUACACACCUUCUGCAGGGAGUGUCUGAAAGGGACGAUAGUGAACAGUCAGGAUGCUGAGGUGUCCUGUCCUGACUGUGAAUGUGACAGCAAGCUACUGGACCGAGAGAUCAAAGCGCUGCUCACAGAAGAGGAGCACCAGCGGUUUCUGGAGUUGCGUCUGAGCAUCGCAGAAAGCCGCUCAGAGCACAGCUUCCACUGUCAGACUCCCAACUGUCGAGGGUGGUGCAUCUACGAGGAUGAAGUCAACGAGUUCCACUGCGAACUCUGCGACGAAACCAACUGCAUUCUCUGCAGGGCCAUCCACGAGGGUAUGAACUGUAAGGACUACCAGGAUGACCUUCGUAUAAGAGCAGAGAACGACCAGGCGGCUCAGCAAACAAAGCAGAUGCUAGAGAACCUGCUACAGAACGGGGAGGCCAUGAAAUGUCCCAGGUGCGACAUUAUUGUCCAGAAGAAGGACGGCUGCGAUUGGAUCUGCUGUUUGAUGUGCAAGACUGAAAUCUGCUGGGUGACGAAACAAGCUCGCUGGGGUCCCAAUGGCACUGGAGACACAUCUGGUGGCUGUAGAUGCCGAGUCAAUAAUCAGCCUUGUCAUCCCAACUGCCAAAACUGCCACUGAGGCAAGCACACUAAUGAACACAUACAGUACAUGCAGCUGCACGCGCACAGUCUGAAGCAAUUCAGAGUGCAGCCAAUGCUAGCUACAGUUAUUUUGAGUAAUUAAGUAUUUUAUUACUUUCUGCCUUGUCUUCAGUGGUAUAGUGGCAAGACACUGUACAGCCGUUGUCUUGCCACUGGGGCUUCAAUGGUGUGGUAACCGCAGGUGGAAAUGCUACACAGAAGCUAAACAAACUGCCAGCUAUGUCUUCUACAUCUGUGCAGUUGAGGAUACUGACUGUCUGUGCGAUACAGUAAGCUUCGCUGGGAUUGUCUGCUAUAAAAAUACUUUGCUGUUAUAAUAAAAUAAUACUUAAUGUAUUUGAGGAGCCAGCAAUGAUGUUGUUUUCUCUACGUUGGCUUCAGAAAUAUAAUAUUUAAUCUUUCUAAACAAAAAUGCAAGAACAUCCUCAAAUAUAUGAAAAUCCACAGUUAACAACUUCAUAAAUAAGAAAUUUCUUAUCCUAUGUGAAUAAUUCCUGAAGAAUCUGUUGAUUAUUUUUACAACUCAUAAUUCAUAUUGUAAAGCAAAGGUGAUUAACAGAUGAAUCUUAUCACCAUGUACUAACUCAUAAUCAUAAACUGUCAACACUGAACUGAGCCCAAAGUCAUGUCUUCUAACUAAACUGUCAAGUUUUAAGUUGAAACCAGUCUAUGUUUGCUAUUUUUUGCUUGUUAAGUGUCUAAAAUGAUUCAUUUGUAAUCUGAAUUAUAAGAAGUGGAUUUUCUUUCAGUCGACUUAUCAGACUGUGGUGAAGGAUAUUGUUUUAAGAGUUUACAUUGAAUGAAUGUGUUCCUAAUGCAGAACAGGCUGCUCUGAUGCACUUAAUGACUUUGAAGUAUCAGGUUUAAAACAUGUCAGGUGGGACAAAUAAUGAUGCUGUAUUACUGGCAGGUGGUAGUUUAUCUGUAUUUAUCUGUAGUUUUUAAGUGUUCAUAACUCGAGGAAUAUAAAAAAUAAUUAUAUGUAUGUGUAUUGCAUAUACAAUAUAUCUAAUUUCUUGUAUGUGUAAUUUUUGGUGGGUUCAACUUAAAUUAAAUCACCAGUCCAUUUGU